AUGACUGAGGAAUAUCCACACUUCCCCUUCACACGCCUCUCAGGUGUUGACCCCGCUCCUGAAAAUGCAAAAUUUCGUCGCAUAUGUCCGGUUACUCGGGUUGAAUUGUUCGAUGGGAAGGAAGUGUGGUUAUUUACUAAAUAUAAGGAUUGUUGUGAGAUUCUUGCUUCGCAGGAUUUUUCGGCUGAUCGGAGACAAGAUGGAUAUCCCGAGAUUCAUGAAGGGGGAAAAGUAGCUGCAUUGGCUUCUGCACCUACUUUUGUGAAUUUGGAUGAUCCGGCGCAUUUUCUGCAACGCAAUCGAAUACAACCUUUCUUCGAAAAAGAAGCCAUAGAUAAACUUCGUCCUUUUAUCCAAUCCAUCGUCGAUAGAACGCUUGAUCAAAUGAUCGCAGAAGGAUGUUCUUCUCCUGUUGAUUUGAUUCAUAAAUUCGCAGCUCCAAUUCCUACAUUGACUGUGUAUCAUACGUUGGGGAUACCAGAGGAGGAUAUUGAGAAAUUGGCUUAUGAUAGUGAGGUGAGGAAUAGUACGAGUAGGAAUGCGGCUGAAAAUUCGAAUACCAAUCUUCAGGGAUAUAUUAAAGAAUUGACGGAGAGAAAGAUGGUUGACCCGGGAGAUGAUCUUGUUAGCGAACUUAUUAAUCAGUACAAUCAAGGGAUCGGUAAUCUCUCGGAUAUUUCAUCUCUCGCGUAUUUAGUUCUAGUAGCCGGUAAUGCAGCAGUCAUAAAUACUAUUGCACUUGGCAUCCUUACUCUUCAACAACAUCCCUCUCAACUCUCCGAGCUAAUUGCUAAUCCGGACCUCGCACCACAAGUAGUCAAUGAGAUUUGUAGGUAUCAUACUGCGAGUGCAUUGAAUUGUAGACGAGUAGCUUUGAAGGAUAUGAAAAUCGGAGGUCAGAAGAUUAAGAAAGGUGAAGGUGUGAUAUGCGCAGUCCAAGCAGCGGAUAGGGAUGAAGAUUUCUUCACGGAUCCUGAUGCCGAAACGUUUAAUAUCCAUCGGAAUCAUGAUAUUAAAGAUGUAUUGGGGUUUGGAUAUGGCAUUCAUCGAUGCCAAGCGGAAUGGUUGAGUAAAGCUGAGUUGGAGAUUAUUUUUGGUACAUUAUAUAAACGUCUACCAAAUCUGAAAAUUGCGGUUCCGUUGGAUGAUUUAAAGUAUACACCGCCAACACAGAAUAUUGGGAUAUUGGAAUUACCAGUGACCUGGUAG